CCAGGUGCGCUCACUGUGCCAGGUGUGCCUGCAGUGCCAGGUGUCCUAGAGUGCCUGCAGUGCCCACAGUGCCUGCAGUGCCAGGUGUCCUACAGUGCCAGCUGCGCUCACUGUGCCAGCUGCGCUCACUGUGCCAGGUGUGCCUGCAGUGCCAGGUGUGCUCACUGUGCCAGGUGUGCCUUCAGUGCCCACAGUGCCUGCUGUGCCCGCCGGUCAGUGUGCUAUGGGCCUGGCUAUGAGUCGAUGGCUCGGCUCCCCCCGGCUCAAGAAGACUGACCUCCAGUCCUGCAAGUCCGGCUCCAGGUUUUCCCGCUACAGCACGCCGCCCCCGGCCCGGCUGGCCUGGAUUCUGGACUCCGCACCCCUCCCUGUCCCCGGGUCCGAGAUGGGGGUUCCCAGCGGCGGGGACUGGAGCCCCCAGCACUGCUCCCCCAACUUCUCCGUCUCGGCCGACAGGCGGAGUGUGCGCCGCCGGCCCGCAGAGUGCAGCACCGACGUGGCGAGGGGUUCGAGGGGCUGGGGGUCCGGACUGCACGUGUGGGAGGUGCGCUGGGCCCCCGGGGAGAGGGGCUCCCACGCCGUGGUGGGCAUUGCCACUGAACACUGCCCCCUGCAGGCACCUGGGUACACCGCGCUUCUGGGCCAGGAUGCCGAGUCCUGGGGCUGGGAGCUCGGCUCGAACGAGCUCCGCCACGGGGGAGUGCUGGUGGGCCAGUACCCCCACACCCUGGGAGAGGAAGAGUGGGCGCCAGAGCCGCCCCUCGCAGUGCCCCCCACCCUGCUGGUGGUCCUGGACGCCGACGCCGGCACAGUGGGCUUCGCCGUGGACGGGCACUUCCUGGGCGUGGCGUUCCGCGGGCUGCCGCGGCGACCCCUGUACCCGGCCGUGAGCAGCGUGCGUGGCGACGGCACGGUGACGCUCCGCUACCUCGCAGGGAUGUCACGCCAGCCGUUGGCUCUGACCUCGAUGUGCACGCUGCGCGUCCGGCAGAUGGCGGGGAAGGACAAGCUGCCCCUCCCUCCCAGACUACAACGACUUGUUCAGCCCUGCUCUGCGUGUAAUCAGGAAGACUCUCCUUUCUCUACUGCCAAAAGACCCUAAUGGUACUGUCCACGGACAGGAACUCCCCCUGCCCUCACCUCUCUAUCAUCCGAAGAGAACGGUGGCACAGUCCAGGGACAAGACUGCACUCCCCCUGCCCUCCCCUCUCUGUAUCAUCAGUAGAGCACAAUGGUACAGUCCAGGGACAAGACUACACUCCCCCUACCCUCCCCUCUCUAUUAUCAGAAAAGCACGAUGGUACAGUCCACGGAGAAGGUAGAUGCUCAGGUGGUCAUUGGAGGGAGUCCUAAAAACUCGUGAACAUGGGGACAACAUGCAAACUCCAUUAUGGCAGGCGGCCAAGUCCAAAAUUCAGCCCAGGACAGGUGCUCAUCACCACUGUGCCGCAGCUGGCCCACCUGAUUCAGCACGAGCCCUUGCAAAACAGGGGAGCAGCAGAAAUGUCACAAACGGUAGGGAGCAGAGGAGUGCCAGUCAGUCCCAGGAUCUCAUCUAGCAGGAUCCCAUGGAAUCUGGUCUUACAACACAACGAUUUUGUUCCAGACUCCCAUCACCCUGUCUGUAAAGAAGAGCUUCCCAAAUGAAUGUCCUCUAAGUAACCCUCUGUAGUAGCCAGUAGCCCCUUGGACUGACCAAUAGGCCACUGGGGUUGAUAUCAUUCUCUAGACUGACUUGUCAUUCCA